AAUAAACGCUUGCUUUUUGGUUCAUGUCAUCUCAGUCUUAAAGUCAUAAAUAUUGUUAGUUGGCAACGCAGGUGGUAAUUUUCUCAUAUAAGUUGCCCGUCUGUCAAUGCAAAAAAAUGCGAAAUAGCAGCAGAAAGAAAAAUGAAAAUUAGUAGUUUUUUCUCAAAUAAUUUUUAAAAAUGUUAGAUUAACAUUCAAUUAAAAGGAAAAUGCAAUAAAAUUAAAAGAAGAAAUUUCUAAUUGUUAUAAAGUCUGAAGCAGUAAAAAUAAAUAAAAGGAGUCUACCGAGAGGCGUGGGCUCGCAGUCUCCUACGUAGAUUGUUACCAUCAAAUAUCUAAUAUGGAUAAGGAUAAGUUCAAGGACAACUACUCGUCCUUGAUUGAAAUGGAAGACUUGCCUGACGAAAUGAUAGAAUUUAUCCUAACGUAUUUAUCACCUUAUGAAGAUUUGGACAAUUGCCGUCUUGUGUGCAAGCGUUGGAGCAGUAUAGUGAAGAAUUUAAUACGUCGAAGCAGAAACAACUUGCAUAAGGGUUUAAUAGACUACCGUUUGCGAUGGGAGGUUUUCACUCAGGAAACUGCGACAGACGUAGCAGCAAAUACGGCAGAUUCUUUAAAGCAGGGCUUACCAUUCAUCGCUGGACGGUUUGCUCACUCUGCUGUUAGACAUAGAAACUCAAUGUAUAUAUUCGGUGGCGGUUCCUCAUCAGACACUACAUUCAAUGAUUUGUGGCGUUUUGAUUUAUCUGAAAUGCGUUGGGAGCGACCUUUAUCAUUGGGUUCAUAUCCCUCUCCAAAAGGCAGUGCAACUAUAGUAGAAUGGCGUGAAAAGUUGGUGCUGUUCGGUGGAUGGAGGUACCCAUCCUUGCAUCCUCCAUAUCAGCCAUGGUGCCUGUUUGAUGAGUUACAUUUUUACGAACUUGCAAGCAACCGUUGGCAUGUGUGCACUUCGUCGUCAAGUCCUCCUCCUGUAGCUGGGCAUUCGGCUACUGUUAUAGGUGAUCGCAUGGUUGUGUUUGGUGGUUAUCGUAUAGCUGAAAGUAUUAAUAGUAAUUCAAAUGAAACAUGGUGCUUAGAAUUAUUAGAUCAGCGAUGGUGGCAACCUCGUUUGGCAGACAAUAAGAAACCACCGCCACGAUAUGGGCAAUUUCAAUUUAAUUUGGAUGACACGCACAUACUUAUAGUUGGUGGGUGCGGUGGCCCAAAUGAUAUUAAACAAGACGCUUGGGUAUUGGAUAUGUCGAAAGAUAUAUGGGCAUGGCGUGCAAUUCCAAUGAGAAAUAAAAAAUAUGCUGCCACACAUAUGUGGUGUAAUCCAGCAUGUAAGAUAGGAACCAAAUUAGUUGCAUUAGGUCCGACGCCAACUCUCCCCCAAGACUUCCAGAUCAUGAAACAAACACGAGUGCCAGUUGGUGGUGGCAUGGCUGGACCUCGUCACGGUGCCCAGCCAAACAAUCGCAAUAACCCAUUUGAAAGACAACCACCACCUGGUUGGGGCAUUGGUAUGGAGCAACGUAUACUUCCAAAUCACAAUCGUGUUGAUAAUUAUAGGCUAGUUGGUUUGCAGGCGAAUGGACCUGAAGAACAAUAUCUAGCUAAUCGCAGAGCUAUACUUGAUCAACAUCAGCAGAAUGCUAACAAUUUCCUUAACAAUAUAAACAAUAACAAUAAUCAAUUACAACCACGCACAGGACGCCUUAGUGAUUUACAUGCGCCUGUUCCAGCAGCGCCAUCUGCUGAAGAACGGAAUCAAAACCGUCCCUCAACUUCACCACGCUUAAAUGGCCGUGCCGACAACGAUUCUGCAGCAGGUAGUAACGGAAGCAAUAAUCCGAAUGACAUUGAAGCAGCCAAUCGGUUGCAAAGAAAUUUGGCACUACGUUGCAGAGAAAAUGAACCACUACUUCCUAAACGAUUUGAUGAAUUGCAUGAAGAUCGUUUUCGAAUGGCAGCUUUUAAUGUGAGUCGUUUACGGAGCAUCUCUAAAGAUCACAGCGAACGCAUCAGGCGCAUGGAAGAGAAGUUGAAUGCACUCCGCAACUCUUGUCGUAAUGCUAUGAUUGUUCAGAAAUCUGUAAAACAACCACCUCCUAAGCGCAUGAAGCGAAAUGUCCUUUCAUUAUUUGUUUGCGAGCUAUCAGCAGCGCUAAGUGAAGUUGAUCCACAUCUGGAGUGGGUGGAAUACAAGGAUUUCGGUAUUAUUCCAGGGGCACCAGAGCGCCAUCUUAUACUAUCUAGUUUAGUAGCCGGCCAUGGUGAAUUAAUACUCUUUGGUGGUGUCCACAAGGAGACAUUAGGCGAACUGACUCAUCAGGUUUCAAAUUCAGUCCACUUCUUAAGCGCUCCAAAAGAUAUUGUUUAAAUUUGAAGGUAGCAUGCUCGUACAAUUGGAAUAACCACUGAGUAAGAGAAUAGCCUGUCAGGUGUCUUCUAUCUUUUUAUCUUUUUAUCUGUGAACUUAAUAGCUUAUGUUUGGCAUGAGUUUAUGUACCUAUAUUUAUAUUUAAAUUCAGGAAUUAUUUUCUUUUAUAUGUUGAAAUUCAUAGUCUUAAAAUUUGUAUGCAAAAGUUUGUAUUGAAAGGGAUUGGAUGAGAAAUGCUGCCAUUUAGUGCAUACUUAAUGAUAAAAUAUUUUACGGAAAUUAGAAUUUAACUACUUUUUCUGAUAUUGAGUCAAACUGACAAAUCAUAAUUUUUAUAUUAUUUAUUUAUAGCAUAUAAAAAUAUGUUUGUUUGUAUUUGCUUUAAGUUUUGCGAUGUUUUAGCUACUAAAUCGCUUCAACUUUUUAGUGUUCCGAAAAUAAAAUAUACAAUAAAAAACCUUCAAAAUGGAGCUAAUAAAAAGUAUAGUGAACUAUACAAAUAAAA